GUCUGGGAGGCGGCGAUGUGGUAAGCGGCCGCGGCUUUGGCUGGCUCCGAGGGAGGCCGGAGGCGACGCCGGUUGGCGGGCGAGACGGCCGGAGAGAGCUCCGGGGCCGCCGGGAACCGGUAGAAGGCCGGGGCCGCCUGCUCUGCGCCGAAGCCGGGAUAUUUUCAUGUGAAGAUAUGUCCGUGUUCUGCUGAAGACGUACUCAGUUUACCCCAUAAAUGUGUGAUGCCUGAGGUCAAAGUAGUGGUGUAAAAUGGCUAAGAGGGUGGCAGAGAAAGAGCUGACGGACAGGAACUGGGAUCAAGAAGAAGAAACAGAGGAGGUAAAAAAUAUGGGAACUUUCUCAAUGGCCAGUGAUGACGUUUUGAAGAACCGAGCAAUUAAGAAGGCAAAGCGUAGAAAUAUGGGAUUAGAGUCUGACAGUGGAGGAGCUUUUAAAGGUUUUAAAGGUUUUUCUCUGUCUUCUGGAGCUGCUGGGUUUUCUGGCUUUGGCAAUGGCACCAGAACAAAACCCUUUGGACUCUCCAAUGGUAGCAGCAGCGUUACAAACACUUCUUCAUUGAUCAGCUUCAAGGCAGCUGCUGAAACACAAACAACAUUAACCAGCUCUGUGGUAUCCAGUGGCUCAAUGAAUAUUCCAGGGGCUGAGAAGAAACCUGCAAGCCUAGAAACGAACGGUGAGAGUCAGCCGCCGCCGCCCUCGGGAUCCACUCAGAGGCCAGCGUGCAGCUCUGAUGUUUACCACAAGCAGCUGGCUGCUCUCAACUGUUCCGUGCGUGACUGGAUAGUAAAGCAUGUAAAUGCCAAUCCGCUCUGUGACUUGAGCCCAAUCUUCAGAGACUAUGAAAAAUACCUAGCCGAGAUAGAGCAACAUGGGAUCAGCAGUGACAGCGGCUCGGAAAGCGAUAGUAACAAGGCAGUCGGAAGUCAGCCGGGCCCCACGUUCAGCAGUUCAAAUCUCCAACAGAGCUCACCAUUUUUCUUUAGCAGCAACAAGUCUGAGGAUUUGCCUGGAAAGAGUAUGGAAUUGGAAAAGAAACCAGAACCAAAACUAGGCUCUAAGUCAGCAGUCACGUUUACUUUUGGCAAGAGCGUCAACAGCUCAGGGCUGAAUUCUAGCGCGUUGCCUAAUUUCUCAUUCUCUUCUGGGAGCGCGAGUUUAUUUGGAAAAGAUGCAAGCCAGGGCAGCGUUCCUUCGUUUCCCAGCAAGGCGUCAGAGACACCGAUGGAAAGUGCCAGCAACGAAGACAAAGGAGAGGAGGAGGAGGAGCCACCAAAAGUUGUUGUUAAUGAAAUAAAGGAAGAUGACGCCUUCUACUCAAAGAAAUGUAAAAUCUUCUACAAGAAAGACAAUGAAUUUAAAGAAAAAGGUGUAGGAACAUUGCACUUGAAGCCUGCAGGAAAUCAGAAGACUCAGCUGUUAGUACGAGCAGACACGAAUUUAGGCAACAUCCUGCUGAACAUUUUGGUGCCCCCUAACAUGCCGUGCUCAAGGACAGGGAAGAACAACGUCCUCGUUGUCUGCAUUCCAAACCCACCCAUCGACGAGAAGAACGCCACCGUCCCUGUCCCUAUGCUGAUCCGGGUCAAAACGAGCGAGGAUGCCAACGAACUGCACAAGAUCCUGACGGAGAAGAAGGAGGAGGCCUGAAGCCGUGGCCCUGGGGGAUGCCGGGAGGAGGAGGAGGACUUGCCAAACUGCUGCUGCUGCUACUCACUUUUACCCUUUGACUCUGAUUAGUCGCUUCACUCACUACUCUUACAUUCUGAGAACUGGUAUAAGAAUGCUGGCGAGAGCAAGAGAAAGCAAGGAGGCCAAUAAAAGCUUUAACUUGAUAACGUGUGUCCAUCGUUCGUCCCUUCCGUAGUCUGAAGCACCCAAUGCAUGAGCCUUACUUGAAUAUAAUAAAGCGUAUAAAAAUAAAUAAUUGGGGGAGAAAAAUCUGCUGACCACACUGAAGUGCUGAUGGAAGGCGAUGUCAGAAAUGCUGUGGAGGAAGAAUGGAGGGCGGGGGGGGCAUUGAAUCUGCUGUAGGAACGUAUUUCAGAAUCUGGACUGUGAUUACCUCUCCAGUUGCUCUUUUGGUUUUGUUGGGGUAGCUAACAUUUCACACAGAGCAGUGUAACGCCGCCUCCCAGGGAAAUGCUUGAUGUUUAAGGUUGCCAUUCAGCAGACAUGGGUGCACGUUGACUUCAGUGUUCUUCACAAAGAACUGUCCUCUCAUGGUGCUUGUAAGCCGGUUGUUGUGCCCCAGUGGCACAACCAUCUCUCCUGUAUUGCAGGGAUUCGGGGGGGUGGGAAGGGAGGCUGGAGGCCAGAGACGCCUCGUUCCCUGGAGAUGUCAAGGGAGAACAUAAUCUGAAUAUGUUCAUUCCAAUGCAGGUUAUUUCG